AUGAAGAUUCAAAACUAUUACCUUACCCUGGAUUACCGCCCCGGUGGUUAUCAUCCAGUCGCUCUUGGCGACGUUUUCAACUGCCAGUACAAGGUCAUCCGGAAGCUUGGCGAGGGCUCCUACUCAACGGUUUGGCUCGCCCGGGACCUGAACGGAUAUGUCGCCCUAAAGAUCCUUGUGUCGGCAAUUUCGGGAUCGACAACCGAGCUACGAAUCUUACGCCACAUCACCGAAGUCGCACUAGUAGAAGGAAUUCGGUAUAUCACGCGACUGCUAGACAAAUUCGAACACCGCGGGCCUAAUGGCGUCCACAAGUGUCUGGUAUUUGAGCCUAUGGGUCCGAGUGUGAAUACUAUGAUGGCAAAGAGCAUCCUUAAGCAAUCCUUACAGGCUCUUGCAUUUCUCCACGAAAAUGGUAUCGCCCAUGGAGACUUCCAGCCGGGAAACAUACUCUUCACUCUUAACAAUAUCGACUCGACGCCAGAGGACUUGCUCCAGCAAGAGGAAGACGCGCAAGGCCGGUCGAUCUCGCCCCCUAUACAGAGGCUAGACGGUAAACAAGACAAAUGGGCCCCUCGAUAUCUUUGUGUUGCGCAGCCACUAGUGCCGUUUACCUGCAACGCCGAAGGAUUCAAGGUCAAAUUAUCCGACAUGGGCGCAUAUUUCUUUACCGAUCCACCAGAUAAGCCCGUCACUCCAGUCGGUCUCCGAGCUCCCGAGUUGAUUCUUACCGGAGCUGUUAACAAUACUCUUGAUGUCUGGAGUUUCGGUUGCAUAGUCUUUGAGCUUAUCACCGGACAACCGCUCUUUUGUAUACCAUACUCCGAGAUGGAAGAUGACGAUCAUCUUCUCUCCCUCACCGCCCAGCUCGGCGCCCUGCCUAACGAGCUCUUUAAGCAUUGGACGACGUCGUCGCUCUACUUUACGCCCGAGAGGAAGCUGUUCAAUUGUCAGCUUGGAGGAGUCGCUCCGGGGCAGGAACCCCUUAUGCUGGAGCAGGCAUCCAUGGAAGAGUCAUUCGAUCGGGCAGGCCCGGAUCUUGAUGAGGAGGAAGCUCACAAAGUGAAGGCGCUUAUUCGAUGGAUUUUGCACUAUGAUCCCGCGAAGAGACCUUCACCUGCGGAAAUCUUAUCUGAUCCGUGGUUCUGCGAGAUUGACGUUGAGACCGGCUCGUCCAAGGUAAAUGUAGUCUAG